AUGGAACGUCUUGAAUUUCAAAUGUUUGCUAACCAAAUCCUAUCAAGGCUACCAACAAAGUGUGUUGCUCGAUUAAGAUGUGUUUCCAAACAAUGGCGAUACGAAUUGUCGUCACAUUUGUUUGCGAUUAUUCACUAUCACCGUACCGCUAAAUAUGAAGAUCGUGAGCUUAUCACGUUGACCAAGUCAUUAAUUGAUCUUCAUAACUUGAUUAGUGGAAAGGUAGACAUUUCUUCACGGAAGAUUAUUUCCUUCCCCGUUGACACCCGUGUUUCAAAUCUAACAGUUCUUGCUUCUGAAUAUGGUCUUUUACUGAUGUCCAUCCAUUUUCUACCGAACGAAUUGAUUCUUUGGAAUCCGACAACUAACCAAUUUUUGAAUUUGUGUGAUAAGAAACCUAAACAUUUUUUUGAUUUAAAGAAAGAUGCAGUUGGGAUUUAUAUUGAUUCAUCUAAUGAUGUUAAAAUAUUACUUCUCCAACGUCGUAAGGAUGUUGUUGUACCGCGUGUGUAUUCUCGGAACACAUGUGAAUGGAAAACUCUAACUUUCUUGAAAGGACCAGAUUACGGUUCAAGUUUAUAUUGGUUGUCUUCCGGAACUUUAUGCAAUAAUGUUUUAUAUUUUCCAUCUCCACACUAUUGGACGCCUGCUAAAAGUUAUACGAUUGCUUUUGAUGUGGAUUCUGAAACUUUCUCGAAGAUUGCCAUACCACAAUGUACUGAUGUUAUUGGUCGCCAAAGCAGUUUUUUCAAAAUCCGCAACACACUUCAUUUGUUUAUUGUUGGAAACACCCCUGAAAAAAAUGUGAAGCUAUUUAAAUUUGAAGACGAACUAUGGUCAGAAGUGUCGUCUUUUACAAACAUAAAUUCAAUUUCAUUUGAUUCAUGGCGUAACAAAUUAGCUGAGAACAAAGGUGACACUUGGUCUUUUGAGAUCGAUCGUUGUGGUAUUGUUGAGAUACAAAUUGGACUGGAAGAUUUUCAAUACAUACGAGACGUUGAGACCUUUCGAGGACUAUACAAAGUAGCAUCGUUUGAAGAGACCGUUGUCUCACCUAUUUAG